CCUCCCUCCCCCUCCCCUCCCCCCCCCCCCCCUCCUCCCCUCCGGUCCUGUCUCCAGCGGGAGCGCGAGACGCUGGUCAGGCUCCGCGGCGCAGCUCGAAAAGGAAUAAUCGCCCCCAAUUGACUUAAAUUCCGCCGAAGCCGGCGCCGCGGCCUCCCGCCGCCCGGGAUCUGCUCGCUGUGUUUUUUCGCUUUCUCUAUUCUUCCUAAAAAAAAAAAAAAAAAAAAAAAAAAAAAAAAAGCAAAACAAAACCAGCCAGCCAGCCAACCAAGAAUCCGGUUUGUUGAUCGCCUUGUUUUUUUUUUUUUUUUUUUUUUCACCGUUUGCGGGAUUUGCAAACCGAGUUACAUGCAUGUCCAGUGGGGGUAGGUUUAAUUUUGACGAUGGAGGGUCCUACUGUGGAGGCUGGGAGGACGGCAAGGCGCACGGCCAUGGCGUCUGCACCGGCCCCAAGGGCCAAGGCGAAUACACCGGCUCGUGGAGCCACGGCUUCGAGGUGCUGGGCGUCUACACCUGGCCCAGCGGCAACACGUACCAGGGCACUUGGGCGCAGGGCAAGCGCCACGGCAUCGGCCUGGAGAGCAAGGGGAAGUGGGUGUACAAGGGCGAGUGGACGCACGGAUUUAAGGGGCGCUACGGGGUGCGGGAGUGCACGGGCAACGGGGCCAAGUACGAAGGGACCUGGAGCAACGGCCUGCAGGACGGCUAUGGCACGGAGACCUACUCAGAUGGAGGGACCUACCAGGGCCAGUGGGCCGGCGGCAUGCGCCAGGGCUACGGUGUGCGGCAGAGCGUCCCCUACGGCAUGGCGGCCGUCAUCCGCUCGCCCCUGAGGACGUCCAUCAACUCCCUGCGCAGCGAGCACACCAACGGCGCCGCGCUGCACCCCGACGCGUCCCCGGCGGCGGCCGGCAGCCCGGCCGUGUCCCGAGGGGGCUUCGUGCUCGUGGCGCACAGCGACUCCGACAGCCUCAAGAGCAAGAAGAAGGGGCUGUUCCGGCGCUCGCUGCUGAGCGGUCUGAAGCUGCGCAAGUCCGAGUCCAAGAGCAGCCUGGCCAGCCAGCGCAGCAAGCAGAGCUCGUUCCGCAGCGAGGCCGGCAUGAGCACCGUCAGCUCCACCGCCAGCGACAUCCACUCCACCAUCAGCCUGGGCGAGGGCGAGGCCGAGCUGGCGGUCAUCGAGGACGACAUCGACGCCACCACCACCGAGACCUACGUGGGCGAGUGGAAGAGCGACAAGCGCUCGGGCUUCGGGGUGAGCCAGCGCUCGGACGGGCUCAAGUACGAGGGCGAGUGGGCCGGCAACCGGCGGCACGGCUACGGCUGCAUGACGUUCCCCGACGGCACCAAGGAGGAGGGCAAGUACAAGCAGAACGUCCUCGUGAGCGGCAAGCGCAAGAACCUCAUCCCGCUGCGCGCCAGCAAGAUCCGCGAGAAGGUGGACCGGGCCGUGGAGGCCGCCGAGCGGGCCGCCACCAUCGCCAAGCAGAAGGCGGAGAUCGCGGCCUCCAGGACGUCGCACUCCCGGGCCAAGGCUGAGGCCGCCCUCACCGCAGCGCAGAAGGCCCAGGAGGAGGCGCGCGUCGCCAGGAUCACUGCCAAAGAGUUCUCCCCUUCCUUCCAGCACCGGGAAAACGGGCUCGAGUACCAGCGGCCGAAGCACCCGAUUUCCAGCAGUGACAUCGAGGUGGCCUCCACGGGGACGCCCCUGCAGCAGGAGAGCCCCGAGCUGUACCGCAAAGGCACCACCCCCUCGGACCUGACCCCCGACGACAGCCCCCUGCAGAGCUUCCCCGCCAGCCCCACGGCCACCCCGCCCCCGGCCCCUGCCUCACGGAACAAGGUUGCCCACUUCUCCCGGCAGGUCUCUGUGGACGAGGAGCGAGGCGGGGACAUCCAGAUGCUCCUGGAGGGCCGGGGAGGGGACUAUGCCCGCAACAGCUGGGGCGAGGAGAAGGCCGGCAGCUCCAGGGGCGUCCGCGGCGGCGCCCUCCGCAGCGGUCAGCCCGCAGACGACUUCCGCUCCCGGAGCUCGGGCCACAGGCAGCCCGGCAACCCCAAGUCCCGGGAGCGGCGGACGGAGUCGCCCCCCACCUUCUCCUGGACUUCCCACCACCGGACCGGCAACCCCGGCUCGGCGGGCGCCAAGCUGCUGGAGCUGGAGGAGGAGAAGUUGAGCAACUACGAGACGGAGAUGAAACCGCUGCGGCGGAUGGACUCGUGCGCGCAGGAGGCGCACCCCCAGAAGAGGCGCUCCAGCAGGGGCGGCGCCUGCCGGGGCCUGGGCGAGGACCACCGCCCCGAGGAGCGGGGCUUCGGGGCGCAGAGGCUGCGGUCCAAGCCCCAGAGCAAGGACGGCGCCAGGCCGGCCUCGUGCACGGAGCCCGCGGUGCAGAGGCUGGAGAGCCUGCGGCUGGGAGAGCGGGCUGAGCCGCGGCUGCUGCGCUGGGACCUGGCCUUCUCCCCGCCCCAGAAGUCCUCCCCGGUAGCGCUGGAGUCGGACGGAGAGGACGGGGACGAGCUCAAACCCAGCACGGGCUCGGCCCCCAUCCUGGUGGCCAUGGUGAUCUUGCUCAACAUCGGAGUCGCCAUCUUGUUUAUUAACUUUUUCAUCUGAGGAGACGUCGCGUGAGCAAAAACAGUGGUCGAUGUACAAAAGGGGGACGUUAAAAAAAAAA